GAUGUUGAGUGUUGCCGGCAUUUGCUUUUUUAUGUUGCCUUAUGGAAUCUUUUUCCAUUUUCACCAUUAAGCGAAAUUGUGUUGUCUUGCUAUCUCUUUCAUUGCUUCAUUCCAUUCUUUUGUUUGAUUUACCGCAUUUUUGUUCUGACAAUUACCACGUGAAAUGAAAUAGUAAAAAAUUUAAACAAAUUAGUUGAAGAUUAAAAAAAAAAAAACAUAUAGGGGAAAUUGUAAAUUGUUGCAUUAAAUAAGAAACGAUGGCUUUGCGCGUGCAAUUUGAAAACAGCGAUGAUAUUGGAGUAUUUAGCAAAUUGACUAACUCAUAUUGUUUAGUAGCGAUUGGUGGUUCGGAGGCAUUCUACAGUGUCUUUGAAUCUGAAUUAGCUGAAACCAUUCCUGUUGUGCAUACUAGUGUGGGAGGUUGUCGCAUUAUCGGUCGUCUAGCAGUGGGCAAUAAGAACGGUCUGCUAGUACCUAACUCGACAACUGAUGUGGAGUUGCAGCAUCUGCGUAAUAGUUUGCCGGAUGCGGUUAAAAUUCAACGGAUAGAAGAACGGCUAUCGGCUUUGGGUAAUGUCAUAGCUUGCAACGAUUAUGUGGCCCUGGUUCAUCCAGAUUUGGACAAAGAAACUGAAGAAAUUAUAGGUGAUAUUCUUAACGUCGAAGUAUUUCGUCAAACAAUAGUCGACAACACCCUAGUGGGAUCAUAUACAGUGUUAAGUAACCAGGGAGGCAUGGUUCAUCCUAAAACAAGCAUACAGGAUCAAGAUGAGUUGUCGUCGUUGUUGCAAGUGCCAUUGGUAGCUGGUACAGUAAAUCGCGGUAGCGAAGUUUUGGCUGCCGGCAUGGUUGUUAAUGAUUGGAUUUCUUUUGUGGGGAUGGCCACUACAGCUACGGAAAUUUCAGUAAUCGAAAGUGUAUUUAAAUUAAAUCAAGCUCAACCCUCAACCGUAACAACGAAAUUACGGGCAGCUUUGAUUGAAGACAUGUCAUAAAAGUUGAUUUGAGGAAAUUUUGCGAAACUCCUCUACAAAUUUAUGUAAAACUUUUACAUUGUAAUGAAAUUCUAGUGUAGAAAUAAAUUCAAUUUAUGAAGCAAAAAAUCAAUAAUUCAAUUUCACUGGCAAUCAUGUGCAAGGGAAAGGAUGAAUUUGAGCACUUACUUACUGUGUUAUCCAAAAAAAAGCAUUUUUUUAAAAAUAAUUAAUGUUAAACAAUUCUCUAUAAAAUAGAUCCCGCUCGAAUGACCAUCCAUCUACCUCAGCUGCAACAUCAACCCGUCGACGUGGCGGCGCUGGCAGUACCCGGGGAGUCGAACG